AUGAUAGUCAUAGUUAGCGUCGAAAUCGGGUUGACUUAUGAAGAGAUGGCCGAAAUAGGGCAGUUAAGGAAGCCUGGAUGCUGUGGACCGUAUGGUACCUUCCUGAAAUUGUUACCGCUGUGGCAUGAUAUGACUCCCGAGGAGAUUGCCAAAAAAGUGAAACGUUUCUAUUGGCGUUAUGGGGCGAAUCGCCACAAGGCGACUGUCCUCACUCCGGGUAAGAUUUAUUAUUGUUUAUUAUUAUUUAUUAUCAUUAUUAAUUAUUAA